CAUCUCCCCACUCAAAAAGACACCCUUCCAUUGCAAAGCCAUGGUCUCUCCAGAUCGCCUUGGAAAAGUCUCGACGAUCGGCGUGGUCUGUCGGAUACAAUUUCUCCUCGUGAUCUCAAUGACAGUAGCUCAGGUUCUCCAGCAUGAGUGUUGAAGGAGAGCCGAAGCGUCCCCGCACACAAGGCGGCGACUCGGCCGCUCCAAAUGAGAACACACCGGUGAGCAUUAAUCGAGAAGCGAACGCAUUCACUCAAGAGAGCACACAAACGUCCAUCAUCGUGCUGACUGUCUGUGUCUGUGGGUGUGUUGCAGUCCAUCAGUGAGGGUUUGGUUCGUCUGGAGGAGCGCAUCGCAUCGCUGCACACACACAUAGAUCAGGCACGUGGCGCAUGAGAGGCUCAAUGGCCUCACUGCUGGUGUGCUCUCAUCCACUGUGUGUGUGUGUGCGGUGCCUGCAGGUCUCACGAGAGGCUGCCGGUGUGCAGCAGCUCUUCAACAUAACAGUCGCCGCACAGGUCAACCACACACACACACACGAGAGUACUGCAGCCGUCACUGUCUCCACGGUUGUCUGUCUGUGUGUGUCUGGUGCAGACGCCUCUGCUCACCAAGAAGUGGCGCAGCGUCUUCGCUGCUCUCUCGUCGGCUAAAGAUGCACUGCGUGACGUCGAGGAUGGCGUCAAGGGCACCAUUCGGCCCAUCGGCUGGGCCAAGCCGCCCCCGCCCGCCGACUCGGCCGACGGCCUGCCGCCUGAUGUCUGCCGCGACGUCAUCUACCGGUGCCUGCCCAUCGACGAGGCCGUCUGCUCGGCCCGCCCCACCAGCAGGGCACACGGCAGCCAACUCGUCAAUGAGGCCUUCGUGCAGCGCCGCAUCGACACGCACUCAGCCGCCACUCGCUGACCGGCCUCAUCGACGUGGGCCGGACAGCAGCAGACACGGCCAAUGCUGCGGCACCCACCCCUGCCCCUCCGACCAGUAGCAGCAGCAGUGACGCACCGGCCGCUGCUGGUGGUGGUGGCCCUCAUGUGUCGCAUUUCUGUCAUCUCUGCCAGUGCUGCUAUGCACUCGAGUAUGGCGGGGCGGUGUGGUGUGAGUGGCCCGACUUCAUCCGGCUGGCUGACAUCUACAAGCUGACGCCCUCGACUGGCCUGCCGCUGAUCAUGUCGCCUCAGUGGAUGGCGGCCCACCUGCCCACCAAGGCCGACUUCCACACCAUGCCCCUCGCCCUUCGCCAGUACAGCACAUUCGGCCACCUCCUCAACUACAAGGGGACCAGCCUGGCGAUCACAAAGGUGGAUGAGGCCGAGGAUGACGACGAGGAGGGCGAAGAGGAGGAUAGAGAGGGGGACGGUGGGGUGACACGGCAGCGGUAUCGCAUCGGGAGCGGCGAGCACGAGUGGCGGUUCGAGACAGUGCCGCUGUCCGCCAUCCCUCCCCACCAUCCCUGCCGUCGCACAUACGACCCCCACAACCCGCCCAUCCGCUACGAUGGCUUCCUCGUCCCCUCAUUCACGGCCUUCAUGAAGCAUAUGGUGCUGCUGGAGUGGUGUGAGUCAGACCAGAAGGGGGUGGUUGAGAAGAAGGUAUUUCGGAGGAUAGUAGGCCGUGACAAUGAGCGGUUUCGGUCGUUGCUGACGGACCCCAUCGACGGGCACACCACCAUCGACUUCAUCACGGAGACGGGUGGCGAGCGGGGGCGAUUCAUCAUCCUCAAGGGCAUGAAGGAAGGCGACAUCGUCGCCGCAUCUCUGAUGGUGGCUUCCGGCCACAUCACCUACACAAACGAGGCGGAGAUUGGGGGCCGCACGCGGCUGUCUGACCGAUUCCCCAUCGCAAUGUCCUUGGCCUACUCCUUCCUGGGAAAACACGGCGUCGCCCGCAUCAUACCGCAGUAGAGGAGAGCACAAGUGAGCCGUAGUGGGGAGGACAUUCACAUACACACAAGAUGCAUGCAUCGAGUGCCCGGAUGACAUUGGUGCGUCUGUGUGUGUGUGUGUGUGUGUGGACCCGCCUUGUGCUGACCAGGCACCGAUUCGCCCAGAUCAUGCCGCAGUAGAGGAGAGCACGUAGAAUUGUAGAGGCCGGUGGGCGGUAGAAGGCUGAUCGCCCCAGAGAGAUGCCAAUGACUGGAUGGGAUGGAUGCGCCACGUGGGCCAUCGGUGGAUGCCGUGGCAGAUGGAUUGCUGCAUUGUGUGCGCAUGGUGGACUGCAUUGAUUUGACCAUCGUACAGACGGGGCGGUGCCUGUGUGCGCCGUGCAAUUUUGAUCAUCUUUCGAUGCGCGGG